CGGAAGUGGUUUCUUCCCUAGUGGAUCCGGGUGGAUGCGCGCAGGUGGUCGCGGGGGUUCCAGUGCUUCAGCGUGAAGCGCAGCAGGUGUUCGGUUGGGUCCGAGGCAGCAGGUUGUGGAGUUAGUGAUGUGCUUUCCUGGACAGCAGAAAAAUUGAAGAUGUUUCAACAGCACUUAGUGGCUUUAACAGUGACCACCCUUCUUGGCAUGGUUGUGGGGGGCUUUGUCCUGUGGAAAGGCAUCCAGCACCGAAGGAGGAGGAAAGCCAGCCAUGCUACUCAGCAGCGGAAAAUGCCCUGCAGGAGGGAGCUGCCCGCUCCAGAAGAGGGCCAGCUGCACUCUAGUGGCCCCAUAGCCUCCUGGAAGCAGAGGAUCCUGGAAGCAAAGGUGGUGACUGUGUCUCAGGAGGCAGAGUGGGACCAAAUUGAGCCCUUGCUUAGGAGUGAGUUAGAAGAUUUUCCAGUACUUGGAAUGGACUGUGAGUGGGUGAAUUUGGAAGGCAAAGCCAGUCCUCUGUCACUCCUACAAGUGGCUGCUCCAAGUGGCUUCUGUGUCUUGGUUCGCUUGCCCAAGUUGACUUGUGGAGGAAAAACACUACCAAAAACAUUAUUGGACAUUUUGGCAGAUGGCACUAUUUUAAAAGUUGGAGUAGGAUGCUCAGAAGAUGCCAGCAAGCUUCUGCAGGAUUAUAGCCUUGUUGUUAGGGGAUACCUGGACCUCCGUUAUUUAGCCAUGAGGCAGAGAAACAAUUUGCUCUGUAAUGGACUUAGCCUGAAAUCACUCUCUGAGACUGUUUUGAACUUUCCCCUUGACAAGUCCCUUCUACUCCGUUGCAGCAACUGGGAUGCUGAGAAUCUUACUGAUGAACAGGUAAUUUAUGCUGCCAGAGAUGCGCAGAUUUCAGUGGCUCUCUUUCUCCAUCUUCUUGGAUACCCUUUCUCUAGGAAUUCAACUCUAGAAGAAAACAGUGACCACAUUGGCUGGAGGAAAGUGUUGGAGAAAUGCCAGGGUAUAGUUGACAUCCCAUUCCGAAGCAAAGGAAUUAGUAGAUUGGGAGAAGAGGAUAAAGGGGAAGCCACAGAAUCUCAGCAAAAGUCAAGAAAUAAGAAGUCUAAGAAUGAUGGAAUGUUGCCAGGCAGCCACCAAGGGAGAGACCCCAGAAAACAUAAAAGAAAGCCACUGGGAGUGGGCUAUUCUGCCAGAAAAUCACCCCUCUAUGACAACUGCUUUCUCCAGGCUCCUGACGGACAGCCCCUUUGCACUUGUGAUCGAAGAAAGGCUCAGUGGUAUCUGGACAAAGGGAUUGGAGAGCUGGUGAGUGAAGAGCCCUUUGUGGUCAAGCUACAUUUUGAACCUGCCGGAAGACCCGAAUCCCCAGGAGACUAUUAUUUAAUGGUAAAAGAGAACCUGUGUGUAGUGUGUGGCAAGAAAGACUCCUAUAUUCGGAAGAACGUGAUUCCACAUGAAUACCGGAAGCACUUCCCCAUCGAGAUGAAGGACCAUAACUCCCACGAUGUGCUGCUGCUCUGCACUUCCUGCCAUGCCAUCUCUAACUACUAUGACAACCAUUUGAAGCAGCAGUUGGCCAAGGAAUUCCAGGCACCCAUUGGCUCUGAGGAGGGCUUGCGCCUCUUGGAAGAUCCUGAGCGCAGGCAGGUGCGUUCUGGGGCGAGGGCCCUGCUCACUGCUGAGAGCCUGCCUGCUGAUCGAAAGGAGGAGCUGCUGCGCGCGCUCAAGGAGUUUUAUAGCACCGACACAGUCACAGAUGAGAUGCUUCGGGAGGCUGCCAGCCUGGAGAUCAGGAUCUCCAACGAAAGCUACACUCCUCACGGGCUCAAGGUGGUGCGGUGCCACACGCAGGGCGGGCUGCGCUCCCUCAUGCAGCUGGAGAGCCGCUGGCGCCAGCACUUCCUGGACUCCAUGCAGCCCCAGCACCUGCCGCAGCAGUGGUCAGUGGACCACAACCAUCAGAAGCUGCUCCGGAAAUACGGGGAAGACCUUCCCAUCAAGCUGUCAUGACCGCAGCUUCCCUCCCAGGGUAGGACAGCUGGGAAGCUGUAGCCACGAUUAAACAUCUCUUCUCCAUUAAGUCAUCUUGUACAUGGGCAACGCCUGGGUGGCAAGUGUCCACGUACUAACCCACACUGAUCCAAGAUUCUUCUGAUGGAGCAAGGCUAUUACUGGUUUGAAGGCAGCGUAUGGUUUUGAGUUUUAUUUGGACAAGGUGAGAAUUCUUUUCCCUCCCUCCCUCUUAAAUUUUACGACAAGGGGAAACUUGUCACUUGCUUUCCCUGAACAGACAACAAAUGAAGGAUUCUUCCUGAGUUGGUUGGUGUUAAGGGGAGCAGUCAAGCAUCUCAAUCCCUUCAAGCUCAGGAGGGGAAAAAAUGCCUGCCCGAGGUUGGCGAGGUCAUUAAUCCUCCCGGGUCAGCCAGCUAACUAUAAAUUCUUUGUCUUAUGGCUCCAUCACAACUCACCUAGUUGGGAUCCUUCCCACCUAGGUCACUUCAGGGUAACGCUCUCCUUUACAGGUCCGCGACCAAAGCAACAGCUUCCUGCCACAUGUUUGCACCCUGAAGUCCUAACGGGGCGCUUUUCUGGAAAUAGACCUCUGGCCUGGGUGGGGCAGAGAAAGCCUGUAAGCUCCAUCUUCCAAAAUAAUGUUGAUAAUUUGCUCAGCUUCUCCUUUCAUGCUGUGUGCUGCCUUCUUGCUGGGGCCCUCCUGCCCACAACUGUGAGGCUUUUAGCUUAAGUCCUUCCAAGAGGAAGAUUUCCUUUUCUCAGAUCAGUAUCAGGUCCCUGCAGUGUUCUGUGCUCCACCAGAGUGGCAGUACUGACCUGUGUGAAGCAAGGAAUUCUUUCCCAGAGUCAUUUGGCCAGAUGCGGUGUGAGGAUUUUCCUCAUGCCUAGGACACUGAGACUAACUAGCACAUUGAGAUGUUCCAAGCAGUGCUGUCCUACCUUUCAAAAGGGGCCAAGUGUAAAAGCAACUAAUUACUGACUUGUAUUUUUUCUAAAGUACUUGGAAAACUUUCUACUUUUCAAGAUCUUAACAAGUUUAAAGAAUUUUAUGGCCAGACUCCAGCAAGAGCUCUGUUUUGGAAUUGUGCCCAAGUUGGUGACAGUUGGUCUAACACUGACAGAACUUCUAAGCACAAAAUUCACGAACUGUAAAUGUAAAAAUUUUUUCUUCAUAAUUUAAUCAAAUCAACAGAUAUUCCCAGGGAAGAGAUACCUACCCGACAGGCCCCUGCAUUGUGGCAGUACAGUGUGUAUGCUGGCUGUACCACACACACAACUUAACCUUGGCCUCCACAUGAGCCCCCCACCGCCUCCACAUGAGCCCCUCCACCACCACAUACAUCAUGAUCUGCAUUUUAUUCCCAUGCCCCUUCCAUCCCACUUUCCUUCAUUCGGGCACCCUUGGGACCUAAACUAGAAACCCCUGAAAACAAAUUGUACCAGCCCCUUGUGUGUGUGUGUGUGUGUGUGUGUGUGUGUGUGUGUGUGUAUUGGGAGUGUGGGGGUCGUCGGGGCCUAUUCCCUGUAUCUGCCUGGUGGGAGCCGUGCAGGGAGCUGGGGGUGGAGAAGCCAGGAGCUGUAUGCGUGGGCGUGGUAAUAGUCAAAGUCGCCACAAGGUGGCGCUCAGAUUCCGGUAUAUAUUCAUUCUCGAAAAAUAUGGGUUAUUUAUACGUGGUUACUGAAAAUAACUAAUGCUUUGUGUUUCAACAUUUGCUUAGUUAACUUUGAGUCAUUUGUGUUAGCAUUACAAGAAACACUUCUAAAACAAAAGAUAAGGGCUCCUUCUCUUUCUCUGUAAUCCUCAUUCCAAGAGACGCAGCUGGUGGCUGUUGGAGGAGUCUGUGCUUGAGUAGAGCCUCCUGCAAAGCCCAGCGGCAAAGCCAGCAGGCAGGCUUGAAAAAGCUGGAGUGUGUUGCUCUGGGUUUCUCUUCUUUUUCAGAAGAGAGUUACAGUAUAGAUUUUGAAUCUUUUUGUUCUGAGUCAGCCUUAGAAUUGAGCGGCUUUUCCCUAAGAUUGACAAUUGCUAUCUCAAAUGAAUUAUGUUAUUUUAUAACAGUACUGUUAUAAAAUAAAUGUUUUUUCUGAUAUAAAAGUAAUUAUGAUUAUUAGAAAUGAGUCUAAAGAAAGAAUGAAAAUCAUGUGUCUUCCCUCUUUAAAACAGAGCUAAACCUUUGCUGACAUGUUUAUGAAUUUCUGUUCGGUAUUUAAAAGUGUAUGUAAUACAUAUAAUAGUUAAACAAAAUUGGGAGUCAUCCGUAUAUACUUCUUGAUUUUCCCCCUCUUAUUUAACAUGGUAUCACAAUUUCCUUGCAGUGCUGUGUCUUAACCCUGGUGCCACCAGAGAGGGCCAUAAUAGAAAAAGAUUUUAAUUAAGAAUUAUAUUUUUAUUUUAGAGUAAAAGUUACAGACAGAUUUGACAGAUUUUUUUUUUUCUGAUUGGCGAGCAGUUAGUGCUUUGGCAUUAUAGAGUGAACAUGUUUGCAUAGUACCACAUUCAGGGAUUUUAGCCUCUUAAAUGUGCAGCCAUAGUGACUUACUCUUAUCCAUGGCAUGGAUGAAGAUCAGAAUGGGAAAAAAGGUGUCAUGCUGAAAGAGACAUUUCAUUCCUCAUUUUAGACUUUUCGGAACCUGUUGGCAAAGAGCAUUCGCCCCACUCCUAGCCUUCCUCGGACUUUGGUCCCCAACAUCUGACUAACUUCUUGAUUCACCUUCUUUCUCAGAGUUUUCAUUUAUUCAUUUGUCCUUCUGUUUUUCCCCCUCAUUCUGUCUCAGCUUCAUAAGAGUAGCACUUUUUUCUUUUAAAAGAGGCAAUUUCUUGAUUUGCUAGUAUACUCAGCAUGUAUUCUUUCUAGUCUUUUGUCUUUUCUAUGGUUGUAAUGGCCACUUUUAAUAGUGACAAUCAUUUUUUCUUGGAUGAGAAAAGCUAAAAGAGUGUAUGAGUCUUAUUAUGAUUAACUUUUGAUUCAAAUAAUAAAAUAAAUACAUAAUUCCCCAAAUACUUCUGUUUUGUAUUUCAGCUAUACUUUUUAGAUCUUUCUCAAGUUGCCUCUUUGUGCCGUAACCUAAUAUUGUCUACUUGUUCCCAGUGCUGGAACAGUUUUGCAUCAGGUGAUGAAGCAGGGCUGACACACAGCCAAACAGCCCCCUUGUUCAGAAGUGCCUCCCCGCCAGCCUGCUACGAGGUGUCGCCACUCCCUGCACUGGAGGCACCAAGGCCCUUGCACACAUGCCUCCCCGUUACUCGGGACGGUAGGACCAAAUCACCAGGCGGCUUUAUUAUAAGCCUGAUGUGUGAUCCAAAGUAGUCUUGAGCUGCAGAGGCUACUCAUUUUCUGUUCCUGCUUCCUGAAGUCCGCCCUCCUCGGGCAGCAACACACUUGAGCAAAGCUGGGAUUCUGAGUACUCAGGGCACCAGGGUGUCCACUAAGUCCUGGAUAAGAAUCAGAAAUUUGAACUUCAUAAGCUAGGAGGACUGAAAAGAAGUGCGAGAUUGAGACACGGUAGUUUUAAAAGAGGUAUGUUUGUUUAGCUGGUGGUGGUGAUGGGGGUGUAGUGUCCAUGGACUUAACUUUAUCUUUUGCUUUAGUUUUAUCAUGGUUGGAGGAUCAGAGGAGUGGGCUGGUGACUUGGAUUCUAGUUCUGGCCAGUUACUUUUUUUCUGGGCUCCUUUCUGAGCCUGUAAAAUUAGCAGAUUGAGGCCCUCCCUGGUGGCGCAGCGGGUUAAAGCACAGCACUGAGAAUCUAAAGCCACUUCUGCGUGAGUUCAA